AUGUCCACAAAACGUUCCGGCUCAAGAAUAGCGUCGUCCACGUCGCAACGGACGGAGAAUUUAGAUAGCUCCACUGUGGGCAGCAGACAACGUCAGUCUAAACGAGACGAAGCUAUCCGUAAAAAGCUGGAACAGGAGCUUUCAAAGAAACGCUCGGGUACUUCUUCUACACGUAGCCUUCGGCAUACUCGCAAGAUUGCCGGAACGGUUUCUGCUCUCCGACCAGCACAAGCACUUACUGUGAAAGAAAAUAUGCUUGUUAUUGAGUCUGCUCAACUGAUGGCAGCCAAACGUGCCGAUUGUGUAUUGGUAGUCGAUGACGACGAUCACCUGAGUGGCAUUUUCACGGCAAAAGAUCUCGCUUACCGCGUAGUGGCUGAGGAUUUGGAUGCAAGGUCAACCACGGUUGCGCAGAUUAUGACGAAAGGGCCGAUGUGUGUGACGGCAGAUACAUCAGCUACCGAUGCCCUGAACCUCAUGGUGUCCCGAGGAUUCCGUCAUUUGCCUGUAUGUAACGAAGAAGGAGAUAUUUUUGGUCUGUUAGAUAUUACCAAAUGCUUGUACGAGGCGCUUGAUAAGAUGGAACGUGCUUACGGCUCCUCGCGUAAGCUGUACGAUGCAUUGGAAGGUGUGGAGCGAGAAUGGUCAGCAAGCCCUGUUCAACUGGUGCAAUAUAUGGAGCUUCUUCGUGAUCGCAUGUCGUGCCCCGAUCUCAAUACAGUAUUGGAUGGUACGCCACCUGCCGAAGUGUCGGUCAAGGCCAAUGUUCGCGAUAUUGCAGUGAUGAUGAAAGAGAAUCACACCACGGCCGUUUUGGUAACCAAACAUCAUAAAAUUGCCGGCAUCUUUACUAGCAAAGAUGUUGUACUGCGUGUCAUUGCUGCGGGACUGAAUCCUGAAAACUGCUCAGUGGUACGUGUCAUGACACCUAAUCCGGAUACUGCAACGCCGCAAACCACUAUCAUGGAAGCGUUGCGACGCAUGAAUGAUGGGCACUAUCUUAAUUUGCCAGUUUUGGAUGAUGGCACAUUAGUGGGCAUAGUGGAUGUGUUGAAGUUAACCUAUGCUACACUGGAGCAAAUCAAUAGCAUACAAGGCAACGACGGCGAAGGUAGUCCAAUGUGGUCGCGUUUCUGGGAUAGUUUUGCAGGUGCUGAUCAUGCAGAAAGCGAGUCUCAAGUCUCGGACUCAUACCCUUCACAUCAUCCGUCUACAUUGAUGGCUCAUUCGGCAAUGCAUGCGAUUUCGCCGGAACCCUCGACUUCUUUAUCCCAGCUGCAAGGAUUUUCCGAAAUUUUACCCAACGAGUCGGCCAGUAUGGUGGCCAACAACGAAGAUACCCACUCCAGCCUUUCAUCCCCACAUGUGCAUCAUCAUGCCGAUGAAGGCAUGUUCGCAUUCAAAUUCACGACCGCAAGCGGCAAGACCCAUCGAUUUACCUCCGCUUGCAAUAGCUAUGCCCAAUUAUUCGAAGCCGUGGAGCAAAAAGUCAUGCCAGAACACCUGGCUCACGGUGGUCAUGCCGACGAUGCGAAUGACGCAGCAGCUUGGCUGAGCAUUUCGUACUUGGAUGAUGAGGAGGACAAAGUGCUGAUGUCUUCCGAUAACGAUGUGAUGGAUGCUGUACGUUUGGCGCAAAAACAAAAUCAGAAUCGGGUGAAACUAUUUGUGCAUGAUGCCGCCAUUGAAGUCCAAAAGCCUAUCGUUACUAUUACACCUGCCGCAGAAUCCGCACCGAUUCCCGUAAAGCAACUUGAAAGUCUGACGGACAGUGAAGAAGAAACGAAACCACACAAGCAACGUCCAUUUUCCCAAGACCUAUUGUUGCCUGCAGCAAUUGCUUUUCUGGGAGUCGUGGUCUUGGGUGUAUUUGCAGUAUCCCGACUUAGUCCCACCCGUAAUUAA